AUGUUCAAGUCAAAGUUGCAAGAAUUGUGUCACCAGAAAAAAUGGGCUCUGCCAAUAUAUUCAUGCAUCAAGGAUGGAGCAGAGCAUAGCCCACAAUUCAAAGCUUCAGUUGUUGUUAAUGGCAUCAACUUUGAUUCACCUAGCAUUUCUAAGUCCUUGAAAGAAGCACAUAAUGAGGCUGCUAAAUUGGCUUUCCUCCACUUCACUUCUGAUGAAAAAGCUAUUGUUGAAGGAUCAAAGACUGAACGAAGGUUGAAGGGCAGAGAUAUUAAUUCAAAUGCUUUGAGCAAUGAAGCUGGUCCAGACAUCGAACAAGCACUGAAGGAUGGGGCUAUAAAUAGUAGCGAAGAUGAAGUGCAACAAAAUUACAAGAGGAAGCUGCAGAAGUAUGCUCAGACAAAGAAACUUGAUUUUCCUUUAUACCGUACUAAGAGAGUGGAGCAAUCUGAUGCUCUUUGCUUCACAGCGAAAGUUUUAGUUGGUGAAGAUAUCUUUGAAAGUCCAGGAUUCUAUGAGACUACAAAAGAUGCAGAGGAUGCUGCUGCACAGGCUGCACUAACAUCGCUGACAAUGGAUGCCUUUCGCAAGAGUGAUGAUAAUAUGUACAAGAAUCUGCUGCAAGAAUUUGCUCAGGAGAAUGGGUUUUUCUUGCCAAAAUACAAAACUAUGAAAUCUGGUGAGGAUCAUAAGUCAACAUUCUUCUCAACUGUGGAAGUAGGAGGAGAAAUUUUCCAUGGGAAUCCGGAGAAGUCCAAGAAGCUGGCAGAGUUUAGUGCUGCAAAGAUUGCACACACUGCUUUAAUGCAGGGAAAAUCCUGUUUGUUGGAUGACAAUACAUCUCUUUCCUCAAAGGAUGACAUUCUUGAAGUUGCUCCUAGCUUGGACUCACUCACCAUUGGUGAUCAGCAAAGGAACUCCAAUCCUGGAACUCAGGCUGAUGAAAGCAAAGAUUCUUCAAGCAAGAAGACUACAGAAGAUAUCAAUACAUACCUGCUAUGUAACAGGGUCAGAGUGUAUACAUGCAUUCCAGAGAUGAUCUUUUCCAAGGGCAAUGUAGCACUACCAAUUGCUGAGGGCAAGUGGGCAGUCGUGAACUUGGAGUUCCCCAAUGAAAAAGAUGCAUAACCAUUACUUCCUAUUAUGUAACUUGGUAUAAUUAAUUUCUGUUACUAUCUAAUUAUUCAAGUGAAACUAACCGCAGUUCAAACAAUUUGACUGAUAAUUUGAUAUGCAGCAUAUGCGCUGCAAUCUGCAUUUCAAAACAAUGAAUAUUUGCUCAGAUGGAUGAGACUAAAAUAGGCCCAAGUUGCAGAGAGGAUAUACAUUAAGUGCAUUUUCUGAUAUAUUGUGCAUUUGCCAAAACCAAGAUGCUCUUGAACUUCUUGCAAUUAGGGAACAGCUUUAUGCCUUUUGCAUCAACAUGACAUAUCUUUUGUGCAGACUUAGGUAAAGUUUGCAGAAAAUAAAAACAAACAAUGGUCCUU